GAAUGCUUACAUACGGUGUCUCCGCCGACCUUUUGGAUGAGUAUGUGCGAAUCGGGGAGAGCACAGCAAUAUUGUCUAUGAAGAUAUUUGUUAAAACGUUGAUAUCUAUUUUUGGAAACGAAUAUCUAAGAUCCCCAAAUAGCGAUGAUAUUGCCAGAUUAUUAGCUAUUGGUGAAAGUCGUGGCUUCCCUGGAAUGUUAGGGAGUAUCGACUGCAUGCAUUGGAAAUGGAAGAAUUGUCCGACUGCUUGGAAAGGACAAUUUACUGGCCAUAUUCACGAACCGACACUUAUAUUAGAAGCUGUCGCAUCACAUGACCUUUGGAUUUGGCAUGCAUUCUUUGGAUUACCAGGUUCACACAAUGACAUCAAUGUGUUGGAUCGUUCAUUUGUGUUUGCAGAAUUACUUCAAGGACAUUCUCCACCAGUUCACUAUAAUGUCAAUGAUCGGCAUUACUCAAUGGGUUACUAUCUUGCAGACGGUAUCUACCCGUCGUGGGCUACUUUUGUGAAGACAAUCCCUAUGCCACAAACCAAUAAGGCUAGGCAUUUCAAAAAGUUACAAGAAUCAUGCCGAAAGGAUGUUGAGCGUGCUUUUGGUGUACUUCAAGCGAGGUUUGCAAUAGUACGUGGGCCAGCUCGAUACUUCAAACGUUCAACACUUCAUGAUAUUAUGUUGGCGUGCAUAAUAAUGCACAAUAUGAUUAUUGAAGAUGAACGACAUUUACACGUUCAACCCGACAUUGCAGACAUGUAUGAUCAGGCCGAAGAUGGUCCUCCUACGCCAGUACUAGAACACUUACGAACUCGUGAAUUUCGAGACUUUAUUGACCAAUACAUCCGCAUCCAAGAUAGAGAAAUGCAUACUCAACUUCAAGCUGACCUUGUGGAGCAUUUGUGGAAUAUUCAUAGCAAUGCUUAGU